AUGACUCCCAAGACUACCGCUCCCAAAAAGAAGAAGGGAACUGCUGCCGCCGUCAAGGCUCCAAAACGCGGCCGUCCUGGCGCUGGCGCAAAGAAGGGCAGGGGUGGCGGCCCCAAGAAGGCUGGGAAGGAUGCUUCAGGAAAGCAGGGCGGCGGCGCUGAGACGGCAGAUGGCGGGAACUCGAGCGAAUCCGACAGCGGGCCCUACUGCCUCUGCCGCGGGCCCGAUGACCACCGCUUCAUGAUAGCCUGCGAUCGAUGCGAGGACUGGUUCCACGGCGAAUGCAUCGGCAUGGACAAGCACACGGGCGAGAAGCUAGUUCAGAAGUACAUAUGCCCCAACUGCACCGAUGGCGGCCGCUAUGCCACCCACUACAAGAAGAUGUGCUCGCUUUCCGACUGCGUCGAGCCCGCCCGUAUCUACGACUCGGUCCAUCCCAGCAUCUUUUGCUCGCCCGAGCAUUGCCAGGCCUGGUGGGAACAGCUCAUUGCGACCCUCCCGCGGGACAAAACCACAUCCGCGCCCGACCACCUCACUCAAGAACAGCUCAUGGGCUUGCUCGAUGCCCCCAGCACGCCGCCCCAACCAGAAAAUGGUGGAGACACAGACCUGCCCGCCCCCAGCCCCUGGCACCUCGGCAAGGCCCCGUUUUCUACCCCGACCAACUUUUGGGACCUCCCGGCGUCAUCACGCGCCCUCACGCCCGAGGAGCAAGAGCUGCUCACGGCAUCGGCUGCGGAGCGCUACCAGCUCGGCGAGGAGAUUGUCCUCUGCAAAAAGAUGCUGCAGCUGAUCGAUCUGGCGCUGAAGCAGCGGGAGGCGGCCAUCGCGGCGGGCAAGGGCACGGCCAAGGACCUCUGCGGCUACGACACGCGCCUUGAUACCGUCUCGGCAACUCACCAGUUUUCGCUGUUCUUGCAGACCCCUCAAGGCGAAGCCAUCUUCUAA